CUCGGUGUAAACAGGAAGAAACGACGGAAAGUAGGUUAAAUCCAGCCAUAAAGAAAAAAAUGUUCGGACGGCAACGAGCGAGUGUCUGAUUUUUGUUUCUGUAUUAGCCGAAGUAAAUGAUGGUUUGUACCACCUGAUAGUAAUUUCCAUCACAGCUUAUAAAAACGGUCGCAAGUUUUUCGAAAAACGCGAUAGAUUCCGUGAGCUCGUCAACAUUAGGCAGAGUGACGCGGUUUCUUUUCACCUGGUUUGCCUACUGACCUAUAUUUAAAAAUAGUCGGAUUUUUCUGAAUUCUGUGAUUUUUGUAUCGCGGAAAAUCGUAAAGAAUGGUUCAAAAAGAAAAUACGUUGGAGACUCCUCAAGUGGACGGUGAGCCGAGCCCCAGCCCAGUCUCCGGAGAGCCUUGUGCAGAGGCCCCUGGCCCGGUAGAAGAGUCCGGCAUCGGAGUUGAAUCGACGGGCCACAGGAAAUUUAUAAGCGGUGUUGUGGAAGGCUUUUAUGGUCGACCAUGGACAAUGGAACAGAGGAAAGAGUUGUUCAGAAGGCAGCAGAAAUGGGGACUGAAUACAUAUCUUUAUGCACCCAAAGACGACUGCAAACACAGAAUGUUCUGGAGAGAGAUGUAUUCAGUGGAGGAAGCAGAGCAACUCAUGACACUAAUUGGUGCUGCUGAUGAGCAUGGGGUAGAGUUCAUCUAUGCCAUUUCCCCUGGAUUGGACAUUACUUUUUCCAACCAGAAAGAGGUUUCUGCACUCAAGAGGAAACUUGAUCAGGUUUCACACUUUGGCUGCAAGUCCUUUGCCUUACUUUUUGAUGAUAUUGACCACAACAUGUGCCCUGCUGACAAAGAAGUGUUCAGCUCAUUUGCACACGCUCAGGUUUCUAUCACGAACGAAAUCUACCAGUAUCUGGGAGAACCUGAAACCUUCCUCUUCUGUCCCACAGAGUACUGUGGAACAUUCUGCUACCCAAGUGUCUCUCAGUCCCCUUACCUCCACACAGUAGGAGAGAAGCUCCUCCCUGGCAUUGAUGUGCUAUGGACAGGCCCCAAAGUAGUUUCCAAAGAUAUCACAGUGGAGUCUAUCGAAGAGGUGUCAAAAAUCCUGAGAAGAGCCCCUGUAAUCUGGGACAAUAUUCAUGCCAAUGAUUAUGACCAGAAGAGGCUUUUCUUGGGCCCCUACAAGGGCCGCUCCACAGAGCUCAUCCCCAGACUGAAGGGAGUCCUCACCAAUCCAAAUUGCGAGUUUGAGUCAAACUUUGUAGCAAUCCACACCUUGGCCACCUGGUACAAGUCUAAUAUGAAUGGGGUGCGCAAGGAUGUGGUCAUGACUGACGGUGAAGACAGCACUGUUUCCAUCCAGAUUAAGUUGGAGAAUGAAGGCAGUGAUGAAGAACUGGAGACAGACAUGCUGUAUAGUCCACAGCUUGCUCUAAAACUGGCUCUUACAGAAUGGCUAGGAGAGUUUGGUGUACCUCACCAAUACAACAGCCGUCAGGUGCCUCAGAGUGGUGCCAAAGGCACGGGCAUAGAUGUGUCAUCCAUGGCUGCUCCAUCUCUUUGCUCCUCCACAACAGUCACAACUGUGUUCCAGCAGCCCAUCAUGUCUCCAGCAAUGCCCCCCCUGUGCCUGGAUCCAAUCUCACUCCCCAUGGCAAAGAGACCUCAGGAGGAAGAGGAGGUGGAGGUGGAAAAGAAGGAUUCGGAUGAGGAGCCCAUGGAGAUGGUGGUUGAGAAGCAGGAUGAGGCAGAGCCAGAAGCAGAAGUAGACCCAGAAGAGAAGCAUGUAGGUCCUAUUUUGACCGACAAGAUGGCUGAGGACCUGAAGCCUAUGGAUACAGACAAAGAGAGUCUGGCAGAGUCCAAGUCUCCUGAGGAGUCAAUCCAGGAGGACUCUGGUAGUGAUAUUGCCCCUAUGCAGACAGAUGAUCAGCUCAAACAGGUGCUGCAAACAUUUGAAGUGUUUGUACCCGGGCCCAAUGAAAAGCCACUGUUCACAGCAGAGCCCCUUACCCUGGAUGAUCUGUGCUUGCUGGCAGAGCUCUUUUAUCUGCCGUAUGAACAUGGACCCAAGGCCAUGCAAAUGUUAAAGGAGUUCAACUGGCUAAGAGCGAACAGCAGCGUUGUUAGUGUCAACUGCAAGAGGAGAGAAUCUGAAAAGGUAACAGAGUGGAAGACACGGGCAGACAAGUUUGAGGAGAUGUGCUGCUCAGUCAUCCAGAUGUUCACACGGCUAUCUAAUACAGCCAAUCGCACCAUCCUGUAUGACCUCUACUCUUACAUCUGGGACAUCAAGAGCAUCAUUUCUAUGGUCAAGUCUUUUGUCCAGUGGCUCGAUGGAAGAAUCCACAGUACAAGUUUCUACUGCUAUUGGAUCGACAGUGACCGAUGGUGUCGUAGUCAGUCCUCAGCACAAUUCCUUAGAGGAGACCAAGAGCCCUGGGCCUUUAGGGGAGGUCUAGCAGGAGAGUUCCAGAGAUUGUUGCCAAUUGACGGGGCAAACGAUCUUUUCUACCAACCUCCACCUUCAUUGCCAACCUCAAAAAUCUAUACCAUAAGGCCGUACUUUCCCAAAGAUGAGUCUGCAGUGUAUAAAAUAUGUAGAGAGAUGUACUGUGAAGGAAUGGAAGAUGUGCCAUUCUCUGAUGAGGAUCCUGACCUCAUAGGAGACAGGUUGGUAGGAGGUCUCCUGACACUAAGUUCAGACUAUGGGUUUGUGCUAGAGGAUGAUGAAGGGAUCUGCGGUUAUGCUCUCGGCACCGUAGAUGUUAAACCCUUCAUCAAAAAAUGCAGUUUGAACUGGAUUCCCUUCAUGCAAGAAAAAUACCACAAACCUGACGGUGAUAAGGACCUCACAGAGGCUGAGAAGAUUAUGCUGAGUUUCCACGAAGAGGAGGAGGGUCUUCCAGACUCUUUCCUCUCCAACUUCCCCUCUCUCAUCAAGGUUGACAUUCACGCCAAAGUCACUGAUCCCAGCGUGGCCAAAAGCAUGAUGGGGUGUCUGUUAUCUUCUCUUAAGGCCAAUGGGUCCCGCGGUGCGUUCUGUAAGGUUCGACAGCCUGAUAAGCGAAUGUUGGACUUUUAUAGUAAGCUGGGAUGCUUCGAAGUGGCCAAAAUGGAAGGCUUUCCCAAAGAUGUCAUCAUUAUGGGGCGCAGCCUUUGAAGAAAUGUCCUGCUAAACACUAACGGACAAAGAGCAAAUUGACAUAGUUUAAACAUGUUUGCUACCUUCAUGAGGACAAACUUUCAUGGUGGUUUUUAUACCACGGUACCAUCUGGGCUCUUUUUAGGAUUUAUGUGAGGAAGCGCAGCAGAUUCCUGUGCUGCUCUUAGAUAUUUUGGCUCUACUGGAUUCAGCACGUCAAAGACCAAGGAGUGCUAUGUUGUCUCUUUCAGUCAAUAACACACAAGUGGGACCCUUCCUCUGAUCCCACUGCUCCUAUAUCUGCAGGAGGAUGAAAGAGAUCGCUCCAUAAGCUUUUGUUUUGUUUUUUUUUGUUCGGUGGCCAUUACAUGAAUUUUACCUGCAUGCCCUAAUGCAGAGCGUCUGUAACUGAAGUGAAGGCUUAGCUGUGAAUUGAGAAGCCUGUAUCUCAGGUAGUGUAGUAACUACCCUGACUUUCUGUUUUCCCAGUUGUGACAUAGAGGAAUAACGUAGAUGCUGGCUUAGGUGGAACAUAUUUAUACGAUAUGAGGUGCUAUUUGAGAGUUUGCCUUUCAUUUUCAAAUCAUGGUAUUUUUGGGUCGCUCCACAACAUACUUGGGGAUGGAGGCCUUUUAAGUAGUGUGUCUAAUAAAAUUGAUGUGAAAUGCUGUACAUAUGAAGAGUGGACAGUUGUAGCUUUUUAAGGUUUUGUGAAGCCCUGAGUGAAAUAUUGCCACAGACCAGCAAAGAAAGUCAACCAGGAGGUCCUUUGAAUUUCUGUUCUAGUAGUAGGCAUUUGGGAAGCAAUAAAAAGCUUCCAUUUGUUCAUAAACUUGUUUCUCAAAUUGCAUCUCUAACUUUAAUGUUGCCCCUCUUUUUUUCAGCCAUUGCCUUCUCGUUCAUUGCCUUUUGAUUUCAGGUUUAUAAUGUAGACCAAGCUUUGUGUCCAGUUUAUCAGACACAGCUAGAGAUGGCACAUUGUUGGUAGUGUUCAAAUUCCAGAGAUGUAGCCUGACACUCAGUCACAUGUCUUAGUUUUUGCUGUACCAGAUCCAUAACUUCGAGCACAAAUCCCUUCAGUACAGCUGGCUAAAAAUCUCAUAUAGUACUAUUUUUAGUUAUGUUAAAUUCUCCAUUUAACUGUUGUUGAAAUGUUUUCUCUUUGAAUUAAAAUGUCAAGUUUACCACAGUUUAGUUAGUUCCUGUUUGAAAGCACGAGCAUUUAAAGCAACACUUCCUGAGUGCACUACCCCGUGGGACCAAAAUGUUCUCUUUUUUGGGGGGGGGGGGGGUUGAAUGAAGAACCCUAAAACUCUGACCUACUGUUCAGUUCACUCCUGUCAUCCCUCACUACUUUGUUUCAGCGUUGCAUACCGGUGAAAGUAUUCUCAGCGAGUGUUCUUACGAUCACUGAGGUUGAGUCCUGUCACCAAAUGUCAAAGUGGCACUGGUUCCCAUACUGUUUUUUUUUUUUUUUUUUUUUUUUUUUAAAGUCACAUUUCUAAUUAUUUUCUUAUAAAUCUGUGGCUAUUUUUUUUAAGCACUUUGACUAUAUGAGUGUUUAACUGGUUAAAUGAGGAUCUUUGGUUGUUACUCAGUAGCUGCCUGCCAAUGUGAUGUUUUGAAACUGUGCAUGAGGUGUAAUGGAUUUGUUUUGGCAGAUGUUAGAAAAAAAAUUGCCUCAUCUGAAGCUACAUAGAGGAAGAAGCAUGUCACUCACCCCUAUGAGUAUAAUACUGUUCUCAGAGUCUGUAAACUCUGUCAAUGAUAAAGUGUUAUUUUGUAUUAUCUUUAUUGAAAUUGUCAGCAAUUUGUCAGCUGGCCUAGUUACAACCCCUUGUCCCGUACAGCCGUCCUACCUGUCAGCCAGGUGUGAAACUCACCCACAGAUCUGUUAUCUGUCAGCUUAAACGACGGCACAAUUUUCACACUUGUCUUAAAUGGUUCAGUUUGCAGUUUGUUGAUGCUCAAACUUUCUCCUCUGCCAACUAGGUUUGAUAAAACUGGGCUGUGAACGAAAGGGGGCUCCAAAUGUACAUUUUCAGUUAAGGGUUGUGGGGAGGGUUCAUUAAAUUGACAUUUUCCAUUGUAAAGUUUGUAUGUUAAAAAAAAAUAUAUAUAUAUAUAUAAAAUGGAAAAACUAAUAAACAAUAAGUGACUUG